AUGUCUGUUACAGACUUUGAAAUAACGGAUGAAGAAAUAUCCUUAAAUCACCGCACUGAGAAGGAGAAAACUCUAAGACAUAUUGGUUAUUUCUCUUCAUCAUACUCUGUGAAAAAAAUUCGGGUUAGAAUCUGUUUGUUUCUGGUGGAGCUGUGUGAGAGGUUCAUUUUCUUUGAAGUCGUCUGCAAUAUGAUCCCCUUUUGCACUGUCAAGCUUGGCUACCUCAAUUACCAGGCAGCCAUUUUGAACUUGUGUUUUAUUGGAACUUCAAUACUUACCCCUGUGUUUGUGGGAUGGCUUGCUGAUGUCCGUCUAAGAAGAAACAAACUGGUAUAUGUUUGCUUAUGUCUACAUUUUCUAGGCACUGUUUUAUUAUCCGUGGUUGCUUUUCCCUUGGAAGAUUUCUAUAUAGGCACACACCAUAUGAUUAACAAUAUACCAACAAAGGAGCAGAACAGGCUGUUUUACAUGGCACUAUUGUUCAUCUGCCUUGGCACCGGAGGAAUGCGAGCCAUCAUUUGUCCACCGGAUGCUUAUAGCCUUCAGGAGUAUGGAUCCCAGAAACAAAUGUCUUUUUUUAACUGGUUUUGUUGGAUCAUGAACCUGAAAGCAACCAUUGUCUUUCUGGGAAUAUCUUACAUUCAGCACUCAGGGGCCUGGGCCCUGGUUUUACUCAUUCCUUCUAUGUCUACACUUAUGGCUAUGAUAACUCUUCAUAUGAUGCACUGUAACCUGAUUCAUCAGCCAGAAAAAUGCUACUCCCUCCUGACAACCUUUGGGGUGUUUGUUAAUGCACUGAAAACAUGCUGUCUGCAAUAUUGCCGUCUUGCCAGAGAUGUGACCAGCUGGUUAGACCACGCCAAGAAAAAAAAUGGUGGUUGCUACAGUGAGCUUCACGUGGAAGAUACAAAAUUUUUCUUCACCUGUCUCCCUCUCCUCAUUUUUCAGCUCCUUUACAGAAUAUGCAUCAUGCAGAUUCCUUCAGGAUAUUAUGUGCAGACCAUGCAUUCUAACCUGAAUUUGGAUGGAUUUCUCCUGCCAAUUGCAGCAAUGAAUGUCGUCAGCAUUCUCCCACUACUAAUUCUGGCUCCUUUUAUGGAGUAUUUCAGUACCUGUCUCUUUCCUUCUAAGAGAGAUGGAUCAUUUCUGUUGGCAUGCAUUAUCACUGGAAAUCUUUCUGCUGCAUUGUCUGUGAUGGUAGCUGGUUUCUUUGAAAUACACAGAAAACACUUCCCUCCCAUGGAGCAGCCUCUUUCAGGCAAAGUUCUCACCGUUUCUUCCAUGCCCUGUUUCCACCUGGUUCUUCAGUACAUUUUACUUGGAGUGGCUGAAACACUGGUCAACCCAGCCUUCUCUGUAAUACACAGAUUUGUUCCAAGUACCAUCAGAGGAACCUGUAUGAAUCUUUUGACACUGUUCAAUGGAUUUGGUUGUUUCAUGGGGGCACUGCUGGUGGAGUUGGUAUAUCUCAUCUCAGAAGGCAAUUGGUUUCCAAACACAUUAAACAAAGGCAAUUUAGAAAGCUUCUUCUUCUUUUUGGCAUCAUUAACGUUGUUGAACGUCCUGGGAUUCUGGAGUGUUUCACAAAGGUAUUGUAAUCUAAAUCAUUUUAAUGCCCAGAACAUCAGUGGUAGUAAUCUUGAAGAAACACUUCUCCUCCAUGAAAAGUCUCAGAAAUUUUAUGGCAGUACACAAGAAUUUUCUUCAAGUAUUGAUCUUUGGGAGACAGCCCUAUGAAACUACAUUUGACUCUACCCAUUCUAUGAGCAAAGUAUUCACGUUUUCUUCACCUGAACACCUUAUGCAUUUUAGUUUAAGAACUAAUAUGCAUGGCAGUGACUUCAGGAAUAUUAUCGGUGUACUUUAUUUAUAAAGACUAAUCAUGACUCUUCUGGUGAACUAUUAUGCUUUUGCAUUAACACAUUAUACAUUACAAUUGAUAAAGUAAUUUCAAAGUC